AUGCGCCAGUCGCAGAUCCGCUACUCAACCACUACUGGUGCAUUGAGCAAGGGUCUACGGAUUGAGCCAUUGACCCAGCAACCCGUUUCACUAACAAUUGCCGUUGAAGAAAAACCUGCUCCCGCUCCAGCCGAGCCUAAGACCCAGCCCGCUCAAUCCGAAAAGCCCAAGCCCUGCUGUGUCUGCAAAGACGAGAAGACCGCCCGCGAUGACUGCAUGCUCUUCUCCAAGUCAGACGAUCCCGCUAAGGAGUGCAAGUCGAUGAUUGAGCAGUACAAGACUUGCAUGGCUGGCUAUGGCUUCAAGGUCUAG